GUUGAACCUUCCUUGAGGAGUUGCCCGUUUCUUUCCCAAGUUUUUGGAAAUGUUCUCCGAAGUUGUCCACGGACCUUGUGUUUUUGAAAUGGCGUCCGUGGUUUCCGGCACACACGUACGAUGCUCUCGCUUCAACGAAUGACGGUUUCGAAGAAGAGGCGGCGGGGAUGUGUGUGUUCCGGUUCGUUUCCGCCCUCCUCCUCUGUUUACCGACGGGGGAGUCCGGUGCGGGGCGUCCGCGCUGGUGUAACGGGAGCGUUACUCCUCGGGAUGCGUCGUGGUACACAGCUGCACCCUCACAGGAGAGGCGCUCCGGUAUCCGUGUGAUGCAACAUGACCCCGGUGGGACAUCAGCACAGCAGACAUUUCUUAGGAUGGAUGGUACAAUGGAAACCAGUGGGCCCACGCUGGUGCCUGCGGAGGGCCGGCUCUCCUCUUCGGCUCCCGGCCCGUGGGAACACUCCGUUUACUCGCCGCUGACCUUCAUGUCAAACAUCUUGCACCAACGGAGCCGCAGGAGCACUCUGACCAGAUCCAUCCCGAGCCUCCCUCUGCCUCAGACUCAGAGUGUGGCACCUCCCUCCGUAUUUGGGGUCAAAUUUCACAAGUGUGCACAGGUGAAGCUGGACACCGAUCCUCCUCAGCUGACGUUCUUCCUGCUGGUUCACAACGCGGGGCCACCGGGUGGCACCAACCUCUCCCAGGUGGCGAUCCGGGACUCCAUUUCUGGAAUAGUACCCCUGAGAUCUGAUGGCCACGUGGUGGAAAGAGGCUACCAGACGUUUGCCAUUGACUCCCUGUCGGCCGGAUCCCAAGUGGUUGUCAACUACACUGCUCACAUAAGGAAUCACAAGAGUGAAGUCCUGGACCUUCCAGCUUUCCUCACCUUCUCUAACGCCUCGCAGAAUGAUGUCAGUAUGUUUGGGCCACUAACGGCUAAUCUGACCUUGAGGGUCAAUUCCACCGACAAAAUUCAUCCUCACCACGGGGUCCACUUUGCUGGAUUUGUUGCUGGGUUCUUUGCGACGCUGAUCCUGCUGUCGCUGGGGUUCCUGGUCAUGAACCUGAUCGGUCUCAGAAGCAGGCUGAACCUUCUUCAGCAAAGGAGGAACAGAAGGGAUUCAGACCCGGAGUAUGCGGACUGCAACAUGAGUGAGACCGUGAAGGAUGAGGCCGCGUUUGAAGACAAGAUGGUGGACACCAUGGUGCUGGAGGAUGCCCAGAACAUGUACCAGGCUCUGGAGAACCUUGAAAUGUCCACUCUGCUGCAUGCCACCAAUAACCUGGAGGCCACUCGGAUUCAGAUCUACAGGGACGUGAUGGCCUCCCUGCUGGGCGGCCUGCGCUCCCGGGGCCAGGCCAGCGCCCAGGCCCAGCAGAGGCUCCUCAGCGUGCUCCACGGACAGAUGCUGGGCAUGGAGGGUCGGCUGAAGGAGGAGCGAGGGGCUCGCAUGGCCGCUCUGGCCGGCCGCUGUAACCAGGAGACUCGGGAGGAAAUGGAAGCGGAGCACCGCGGAGAAGCUGCUGAGAAGGCCCAGGCCGAGGUGCUGUGUCAACAUGCAGACCAACAGGAGCUCCUCCACUGCAGCGUCCUCCUGGAGAAGCUUCACAAGCUGAGCCAGAGUCAGCUCCAGCGCAUCCUGUUGGUCAGGCAUGAGGAGGCCUCGGGGAAGGUCCAGAGGCAGAUCAUCGAGUGGCGUCGGGUGGAGUUGCACAAGAUCUUCUCUGAAGAACUGGAGGAGGCCACCAGGAUGGGGGAGCUGGAGAAGAGCACGGCCAAGAGUCUUCAGCACGAUUACUUUGCCUGUCAAGAUCGGCUGGAGGAGGUGCUGGACGUGGUCCUGGCCAACCAGCGCUUUGUGCUCGCCGAACGCCACGCGCAGAGGAAGUUCUUGGUGCACAGCCUCCACAGCCUCAACAGCCUGAUUUCUGACAGCUUCUCCAGCACCUCCAGCAACCUGAACGUCUGGUUCACUCACGUCAGGAGGGGGAGCAGUGUGCCCUCAGAGCAGGUAGACCAGCUCCAGGAGAAGGCCCAGAAAGAGCUGGUGAUGGUGAGGCAGAGCCUGGAGGAGGCGCUGAGCCAGGAGAGGAGAGCCAUGCGCUGUGGGCUGAUUAAGAAGAGGCGGGAGCUCAUCUCCGACUUGUUGCGGGUCCAAAAACAGAGACAGAAGGAUCUGUCGGUUCUGUCCAAGGGUCUGGAAGGAAGGACCGAUGUAGCUCAGCACCUGCACCGCUGGCAGAACUUACUGACCGCUCACAGUUUGGAGCUAGCGGAGCUUAUCAACAACCUGGACGAGGAGGCCGCUGCAGACAUCCGCAAGGUGACCAUGCGCGUGAUUCAGGGCGCCAUAACCGAAAUCAAGGCCGUCCAGCCAUCUGCCACUCAGGCCUUGCUCACCCUCUCGCCUCCAGGGGCGCAGCGUGUCCCGCCGCAGGCGGAACCAGAGGCCCAGGGACCAGGAGCGAGCACUCUCCUGCAGGGCCAGGAAAGGCUGCACCAGGAGGGCAAGGCGGCCUUACACACCCUCAGCUGCACCAGGGCGGCUCUUCGGGAGGCCAUGGAGAGGGAGCUGCAGGAGCAGAGGGAGCUCCGGGCGCGCUGCAGAGCUUUCUUCAGUUGUUUGUGUUCGUCCCAGCUGACUCUGUCUGAAGACGACGGGCUGCGAAUGAAACUGGAGUUUCAGAAGUGUCUGUCUGUGAUGGACCUGUGUCUGGUGCUGCCGCACGCCGUCUCCAGGACCAAGCUGCACACGGCGCUGGCAGCGUGGAGGAAGGAGAGCGAGCAACAGAUGAUUUAUAUGCAAUCCGAGGAGAAGACCAGCGAGGCCAGACCGAAAGCGGACACAUCUGACCUGCUGCUUUUCCAGAGAAGGCUCGAAGACGGGAUCCAACUGUUUGAGAAGGAGAAGGAGAUGGAGAGCGCCGUCAUGAACAAGGUGGUGGAGGAGAUGCGGAAGGAGAGAGAGGAGGACCUGCGCUCUCAGGGCGACAGCCUGGCGAUGCAGAUGGCGACCAUCCACUACCAGAAGGCCGAGAGGAGGACCAAAGUCUUGGAGACCUCCAGAGCGAUGCUGGCGCUGCACAGCCUGCUCAUUCAGCAGCUCAGAGACACAAAGAGCCUGGAGAGACCAGACCUGGCCCAGAGUAUACAGAACCACUGCUUGGGCCUGGAGGAAGCGGAGCAACAGCUCCGACAGGAGAGGGCGGAGCUGGACGUCCUGCGAGUGUCUCGAUCCAGAGUGGAGUUCAAUCCGACGCCGAGAGAGGACUCUGAGGGGGUCGAGGAGGGGAGCGAAGAGGAGAGGCUGUUUCAGCUGCAGCCGGAUUGCAGGAUGGCGUCCAUCCUGCAGGAGGCGCUCCACAAGAGUGGUCGAGUCAUCGCGCUAUUGGCCGAGAGGUUGCAGGAAAUGACUGUCAGCAACCAAGCCGUGGAGGACUUAAAGGGGCAAAUGGAGCUCAGGAGACUUUAUGCAAACUGUGACCAGGAUCUGGAGUUUGCAUCUCGGCUGGUGAAGCAGAGUCAGGUGUCCGCCGAGGUUCUCCUGGAGGCCCUGCGCCUCCUCCUCCCCACGCUGCCGGAAAGCGAACUCCUCUCCAUCACUGACGCCCUGUGCCCCAAACAGCUCCUCGUCUCACCAUCCGCAGAGCAGGAGCAGUCCGGGUGUGCCGGAGGGCUGAACAGACUUCUUCCUGUCAGACUGAGAGAAGACGUGUUGCGUAGAAAUAUGCCAAACGUGCCACGCUGCACCGUGGAGAGAGACAGACUCCGGGAAAAGAGGCAAAGUCUGAUGGACAAGCUCCUCCCCGGAUCCCGAAGCCCGCCUCCACGAAAUGCUGCACCCCUGCUGGUAGAAGGGAAGGAGAAGGAGGAGGAGGAAGAGAAGGAGGAGGAGGAGGCUUCCACUAGAGCCCGACGGCCCGUCUGUGAAGCCGCCGUCACGCAGCAGCAACAACGUGACGCUGCAGGAGAACGGGCCGUGGACCCGGGGGAUGACCAGCGGCGCAGCGCGGCAGAGGGACGCCCGCUGCCCGCCACCGAUGCCCCCGGAGACCGCUUGUUUGUGUUCCGGCUCCCCCCGGAGUCGGGGGGCGGCGCUCCGAAAAGACAGAGGAAAAAAAACUUUCUCAACCUGAAGAAAGGUUCAGUGGCUCCAACGAACCUACCAUGAGACUUACAGACAUUUAUUGUUAUGUUUUCUAUGAUGAUGAUGAUGAUGAUGAUGAUGAUGAUGGUACGUUAUCGCGAUCAUUU